AUGAGCUCAGUGUUGAGCAGCUUUAGUUCAGCGAGAAGAUCAAUUCGUAAUAUUUGGCAAAAGGAUCUAAAUUAUUUCCGUUCGAACCAUCCUUUCUUCAUUUUAAUCUUCAUUGUCCUCUCACUCGCCUUCUACAAUGUUUGGUGGCACAAUUCGCCGACGCGGGAUCAGUCAGGGGAUGCAUCAAAAUUCCAUUUAUUUGACAAUUUCCGCUUGAGCAAACAGAAGUUUGUGAAAAUGAUUGUUUGUAUUCCUGAAACAGUUGUGGAUUAUCGUUUCUCUACAGUUAUCGAUGCAAUACAUUUAACGCACUUAGACUAUCCACAUCUAGAAUUCACGAAAAAGUUAGAGAAGGCGAAGAAUAAAUUGGAGGAUGGAGAAGUUGACUUUCUUGUUCUCUUCAAAACACUUAUUGAAACUGGAAAAAAGAUCGAAUAUAAAAUUAUAAGUGAACAAGGAGUUUUCGACAAACAUUGUAUUCAAUGUGACGUUCAUCGUAAGAAAACUUGGGGAAACGCAGUGGAAGCACAAGUUGUUGUAAAUCGAUUCUUAUAUUGGUUAGUGAAGUCAAGAGGAUUCAACAAGCGUUCACCUCACUGGCAGUUGAGCAAUGUUUAUGUCAAACACUCAGGGAAUGACCCAAUGUUUUUGAAAAGACAGAGCGAUUUGUUUCUUCUAUGGAUUCUACUUCUUCCCAUAUGCUCUCGUCUCAUUGAUUUGUGGAAUAACGACAGAAGCAGUGGUUACUAUAACAUGUUUCUAUCUCUUCAUGCCCGAAGAUUUCACUAUUUUAUUGCAAAGUUUGUGUUUUGGUAUGGAAUUGCACUGAUUAUAAGUUUGAUUGUGUUCAUUGUUAAUGUCUUGGUGGUUCCGGCAGUUUUCUGUUCAACAUAUUUACAAUUUGUUGUUUGCUAUGCUGCUUGUAUCAUAUCAUUUGCAAUAUUUCUUGCAACGACUUUUCCUGGAUCUCCACUUUUUGCAAAGAUAGUUGGUUUCCUUUCAAUGGUUGCAGGAGAAUUCGGAUUUGGAACUGUUUAUCAUGGGAUUGGGUUUUUCCAAUUAUGUGUUCGACACUUUGGAAAAUCAGAGUUUGAUGGUCCAUGGAUCGAUGCAGUAUGUACUUUGUGUAUGACUGGAAAUUGUGUUCUACUGAUCACUGUAUCUAUCUAUUUUGAUACAUACUUCUGUUUGUUCACAAUGGAACCUCUUGCUUUUUAUUUUCCCCUGGAGAAAGACUACUGGAUGCCUGAAGCAAGAAGUCCUCAACUUGACACAUUUUUUGUAAAGCAGAUUAUUCUUCUAAAACCUGGAAGAAGUGAAAUCACUGUCAAAAAGGCUCAUGAUGAAAUAUUACCUGCCAAAACCAGUACAGGGUCCAAGUAUAUUCCUCCAACUCCCAUUGUGAAAGGAGUUCCAUUAGUGGUAUUGUAUGGAAUCUGCAAGAGAAUCGAGAAUCAUUGGCGAGUCAAACAAGUAAGUUUAACGGUUCAUCUGGGAGAAGUUGUAACACUUUAUGGACAUCAUGGAUGUGGCAGUGGAGAGAUUCUGUCGAUCAUUGCCGGUCAAAUGAAACCAGAAUAUGGAGAAGUUAUGAUGGAACAAUCACAGAGACCUCUGAUGAUUUCAAAGACUACGGAUGUUCCAAAUGUGAAUUACCUCAAUGUUAUUCAGUACCUGCGACUUAUUAGUAAGAUGAGAGGAGUAUCCGCUUCCACCUCACAUAUAGACGAAAUGCUUGAAGAACUUGAUCUUAUAAAAGUUAAAAAUCGAUCGCUGGAUCUUUUAUCAACCACACAAAAAGAACGUCUACGAAUUGCAGCUGUUUUUGUUGGUCAACCUGAUUUGGUUUUGAUUGACUUUCCAACAAUGGAAUGCCUUCCCGAAUGGAAGUUUAUGGUUUUCAGAUUUAUUGAGAAGAGAAAAGAAAAACGAUCAAUAAUAGUUUCAUCCUACGAUCCUGAAGAAACCGAAGCCAUUUCAGAUAAAGUUGUACUCAUGAGUGAAGGUUACGUUGUUCUGAAUGGAUCCUGUGAGGCUUUCAAACAUUCUAUAAACAGCGUUUUUGAAAUUCGUAUUUGGCCUAACAAUAGAUUCACUGAUGAGCAAAUAAAAGGAAUGAUGAAAACAUUGACUUUGGGUGAUAAUCAAAUGAAAAAUGAUGCGAGAUUCUUUGAAACUCCGAAUGGCAAAAUUAGAGUCACAUUACCGAUUCUUUAUAGAAGAAGUAUACCAUUGAUUCUUCGAGAGCUGGAUGCUGUUCAUGAAAAGUUCCGAAUUGAGUUUUAUGAAUUGGGUAAACCAAAUAUUCAUGAUAUUUAUGCAAAUGCAUGUUAUGAACAUCAACAACUUGACCCACUGUCUACAUUCGACCAAUUAAGAGAUCAUUAUACAAAACAACAACCAUUGAACAAAAAGACCUACUUUUUCAAAAAUAUGAUCCAUAUCUUCAAAGAUGGGAGAUUUUUAAUUGAAACUGCAGCAGUUGUUGGAUUGUUUUUAAUUUUGACAGUAAUCAUUCUGUUGUCCUAUCAUUCCGUAGAAUCUGAUAGCCAUCAAACUCGAGAAAUCUCAUUGACAUCUUAUGAGUCCCCAAUUACAAUUUACUGUGAUGAAUGUGAAAAAGAGGUUAUCGAAGGUGUUACAUUUGAAAAAAAAAGUCGGGUGCUUCAAUUGGAGAAUAAUCAAGCUGUUCUCUACUGGAAAGAUACUGCAAAAGCAGACAAGGAGCUCAUCACAGUCAGUCGUGGCGAUGCACUUUUUACAAUGAUUGUUCAAAACUUUGCGGUUUCUCAGAUGAUUUCGAAGAUUACUGGAAAACAUCCCCAAAUCAAACUAUUCCUGGAAAGUGAAAAUGUUCGUACUGCAACAGAAAUCUCUGGAUUCUCAACAGUUUUUAAUGACAUCAGUUCAAGUAAAGCAGCUAUGAUAUUAACGGAAUCUUAUUCAUUGAUGUACAUAACAGCUGUGUUCCAGAUGUUUGUCUACACAUUUUCAGUAGUUCUUCCAUUGAGAUUGGUGUCAACCAAUAUGGGUCCGCAGAGUAUGAUACUUCCAUGGCCGCGUUAUGUUUACUUUGGAUUUAUAUACGUUUUUCAACUCGUUGUAUUUCUAGUCAUUGCAAUAAUCUUAGGAUUUGCCGUUCUCUCCAUGGGAUUCUUUGCCACAAACACAACUUCCUGCUAUCUCCGAUUCUUGAGUGCAUGGUUCUUGUCUUAUGCCUCAACUCUUCCAUUGAUAUACUUUCUGGUGUUCAACAUUCAAAACACUAAAUCAGUCAUUCCAAUUAUUUUGGCAAUCUCUUCUUUGUCAGUCACUUUUCCGAACCUUGUUGCGUCCUUUUCAGCAGAAAAUCAAGUCUCACUUCAGUCAUUGAUACAAUUUGUAAGCUGGUCAUGUAUGCUUAAUCCGCCAUCUUCUCUUCAAGUUCUUGCAGCAUUCUUGAAUGCUGGAGAGUCUCUUGAGAAAAAUAGUGGAACAAUUACUUCACUGAUUCUGUUUUGUGGUGCCCAAUUCUGGAUUAUAGUCAUUUUUGUGCUUGUCAUCUUCCAACCAGGCUUUUCCUAUAUUCAACAAUACUGGUUCAAGUCUUCCACUGUCCUGUAUUCAAGUUUUGAAAGAGGAACAACUCUGAAGCCUGGUGCCCGUAUAAAGAACAGUUACAUUUUUGUAACAAAUCCCUUAGGAACAAUGGAAGAUGCUCAGGACAAGGGUGCAUCUGGAAACAUACCAAAUAGACCAGCUGCGGGAACUGAACCAGUUCAGAAACCAACUUCCGAUUACAUUGCUGGAAGCUCAAUGAGCAUUGAUGAUAUGAGUUAUAUCACGAACUAUGAAGAGAAUUUGGUUGAGAAAAUGGCUACGAUGACGUCAUGGAAUGAUAAACAAGAGGUUCCGGUGGAUAAUUCAGCAACAUUUCUUAUGGGAGAUCAGACGAAGUUGAAGAGUGCAUUACUGACAACAAUUGCCAAGAUCAAUAAAAAUGAACACAUUGCGUUUGUUCCAAUUGUCGAAAACAUUUCAACGAUCUACACUCCAUUUGAACUUCUUGAAAAUGCUGCAUAUUGUAAUGGAUUUGAGAUUACUGAUGAUCACAUCAGUUAUCUUCUUGAUGCAUUUGAUUUGAAAGAGCAUGCGAAUACGCAAAUCAAGUUAUUGCCCUGCAUAGAUCGUCGAAUUCUGAUGCUCCUGGCCAAACUAGUUAUCAAGCCCAAUAUCGUAAUCAUUGACCAACUUGAAAUGUUUCUUCCUCAUUCGAAAAUGAUGACUGUCUGGUCUUUUUGUGCACGUCUUCGUAAAAACGGACUCGGUAUCAUAUAUACUUCUCAUCACAGUGGAUUUGCAGAGCACACUGCUACAUGUUGUGCUCACAUGUACAAAGGCCAGUUUGUAAGAAAUCUUUUACCAACAUCAAUCAAAGCAAAGUGUACUGUGCUGGAAGUUGUUCCGAAAACUGCAUCGGAUCCGAAAGUGUUGCUUCAUAUGCUUCAAAAAGAAAUGGAAGAAUCAGUCAAACUGCCAUCCACUUCAAGAAAUAUUACAUUGGCCAUGUACAAAGACGGAGUGGAAACAAUUGAGAAGAUUCUUGAACUUCUUCGUAUGCUCAGCCCACAGAUUAAACGUUAUUCCCUACGUUCUGGCAAUUGUGAUGAAUUUCUUGCGUCUGCUUUCGGAAAAUGAACUUUCUACUUGAUUUCUUCUUGAUAAAUUGAUUUUUCUAUU